AUGCGGAUCAGUCGGUUAUUGCAGCAACAGUCCAACUCCAACUCCCCAAAUAGUGGUGAUGCUGGCCCUAAAACACCAUCGCAAAAGAUUAGAAGCGCUCCUAAAUACGUACAAAAUUCUCCAACAAAAGCCAAUGUUGUAGCUAAUGUCAUCAUCAAUUCAUUAUUUGCAUUGGGGCUAUAUUGUCUAUACAGGGACUAUACAAUAACCAAGGAAAAAAGUGGUUCCGCAGGAACCGUUCGUAUAAUUGACACGCCUUCUAAUAAAGUAAGCGAUAAGAAGCCAUCGGAGAUACAGCAAGCGGGGAGCUUCUCGCAAGUCAUCCAUUCUUUAACUUAUAGAGAUCUUUCCGCAUUAAGUGUCACAAUGGGAUUUUUAGGAUACAUUACAGAUGUGGCUCGUCAGUCAUUUGGUAAGAAAUCGUUAAUAUAUAGAACGUCAGUUUUCAGUUUGUUUCUCUUCCCCACAUCUUCCUACUUGCUCUAUAAGUCUAGAUAUGACAAGACUCAUAAACUCUUUGAUUACUAA